CAAUGAGGCUGAUAAUGCGGAUGAUGAUGUUCGCAAGGAGGAAGAGAGGAUUUUCCAGCUCGCGCAACAGGAAGAUCGAGAACGAAGCAGCACAGCCUGGACCGAUCAGGGGAUCUCUACUCCACAGAUGCCGCCAGGAGCAGCUCCGUCAAUGGCCAACCGCUAAGGCUUUUCUUAGUUGACAAUUCUCUUAUCCAGCCUCUCCUACGACCUAGGCCGUUGGUGCAUCGCGUAAAUUGUUUUUUGAGCUCUCAGCUGACUCAAAGACUCUUGAUCAUCUUCUGGGAAAUGGGUAAUCUAUCUUAAGGAAGUAAUUUAGAUUUCAAAUGAACCAAGUUCUUUGAGCACUUACUUAGGUCUCUAAGAUCAGGACACAAUCCAGUUGCGGGUAGUGCAAAAAAAGUAUCCGAAUGGUAAGGAGGCUGUUAAAGGCGUGUCUUUUGGCGUAAAGCGCGGCGAGUGCUUUGGUCUGCUUGGGCCGAACGGUGCUGGAAAAACAAGCUGCAUUAAUAUGAUCUGUGGUUUGCAGAAACUCACGAGGGGCGACAUUAUGGUAUGCGGGUUUGAUGUGAGUCGUGAUCUUGCGAAAAGUCACGCUUUUCUGGGUGUAUGCCCGCAAUUCGAUUGCGUUUGGGACGACAUGACUGUGCGAGAGCACCUGAUAUUGUACGCAAGAAUAAAGCGAGGAGCUACAAGCAGGCUGGGCACUACGGGGGGGGCUUUUCGAUCAUAUGACCACGAAGUGCUGGUGCGUUCAGUGGCAGAGAGGGUUGGACUUGAAGGAGACGCGCUCCGCAAAUUAGCGAGCGAACUGUCAGGCGGAAUGCGUCGUCGGCUUUCUAUUGCGAUCGCGCUUGUGGCGAACCCAGCGGUUUUGAUAUUGGAUGAGCCAACCACCGGUCUUGAUCCAGACACACGGGCUGGUCUGUGGCGGGUUAUCGCAGAAGCAACGAAAAGUCGAGCAGUCAUUCUCACGACACACAGGUUUCUUGUUUCGUUAUAAUCUACUUAUGCAAUCUCGAUAUUUUAUAUGUACCAGGGAGGGAGGGCCCCCCUCUGUGGAUGGAGCUGUGGUCGCGUAGGCGCGCCCUUUUUUCCGCGGUGGUGACGUGUAAGGAUUCCCGGGGGCGAAGGCCUCAAAAGGCGGAUUCGGGGCUCCCUUGCGGCUUUCCACGUGUACCCCACAGUCGUCCCGACUCUUGGACCCUAUCAGCGGGACGGCCUCCGGGGGCAGAAGGCGGCCACGGUCGCGAGGCCUAGCCCCUUUGGCCCUCAUCGUUGGCGGAAGGCCUCGGAGGGCAGUAGGUGGCAAACUCCCCCACUGAGGAGCCCGCACAUGGGAGGCCUGUAGGGCACACGCAAUACGGCAAGGGGGUCAAGCCUUGCCACCUUUGCCGCCUUCGGAAGCCUUCCACCCCCUGCCUUCGGUGCUUGAACGGACUCAGGGGCUUGGGUUCUGUAGGGUACACGCAAGAAGCCGCGAGGGCGCGAAGUUGGGCGCUUGGCGGCGUUUCUGCCCGGCAGUCCCUCGAGAAAAACGGUCCGGGGCUGGAGGCCCCCCAUCAAAAAUCGGGGGGGCUUCCCACCUGAGCCCUGGAACAUCAGUAGGUAGCUUAUCUUGUUGUUAAUAUAUCGGUUCUUCAUGAUCGAUACUUGCGUCCAUUGACCCGUGAUAUGACCUUGAUGUUGAUCAAGAACGAAACCUCCGCAUCGAGCUGCGAAUGAAAUCAUUAUCAUGAUCAACCACGACAUCACUUUCGCUCCUCAUCCCACAGCAUGGAGGAGGCUGAUGCGCUGUGUGACCGUAUCGGAAUUAUGUGCUCUGGUCGACUGAAAUGCUUGGGCACGCCUCUUCACCUGAAGAACAAAUUCGGUACAGGGUUUAUUCUCACGAUUGCUCUGACUGACGAUAUUGGACCAGGCGAACUCGUCGGGGAUGUUGAGCAGCGUAUCUGCUUCUGGCUCCAGGAGCUUUGUAGCAGUCAGCAAGUGAAACCUCUGAAAGAGCGUGGAAUUUUCCUUCAGUUUCAUUAAGGCUUUCCUCAUGAAUCCCUCUCGUGUCUCGCCUAUCUUAUCGGAGACGAGUAUGUUGAUUUAAUCAUCACGGUAUUAAUCUUCAUCAUCAUGUGAUUGUCGCCCUCUACAUUUCUUUAUUUCGUGGCCUGAAGACAUUGACUUGUCUUCCGACGGACCAGCUCUAAUUCUAGUUACCGGCUCAAGGGACGAACCUCAGUCUGGUGUUUGAGCGCUUGGAGGAACAGCGUUUGGCGCAGAACGUGCCAAUUCGAGAAUGGAGUGUAGCUAAGACGACCUUGGACCAAGUUUUUUUGCGUAUAGUGACGCGCGACGAAGAGGAGCAAAUGCUCAAAAUCACCGGGGGUAAGGGAAAAAUACGCAAGACAGCAUCUUUUUAGCUCUCUUUGUACCAUAGUUUUCUAUCAGCGGUUGUCCUAACGCAGGGGUAGUUAAGUCUCAUAAUUGCUCGCCGUUUAGUUCACACAAAAGAUUCAUAUUGACGAAUGAUUUGCUUAAUCUUGACUUGAUAGAUCUUCUGUAUCUCAUUGAAGGAUUUACAGUGCAAGAUCGCAAUUCUUUGGAUUUGAUGCAAGGAGCUAAAUAUAGCCGGCAGGGAUGCGAGUUUUGGUUUUUACUCUUCGCUAAGGCGGCAGGUAUCUAGAAAAUUUUGAUACUGGAACUGGAUAAGUAUGACAAAUUUCACGCGAACCAGACGUCCUGGAAGUUCGAGUAGCGUGUUUUCAGUAAGAGCGAGUUUCCUGAAUCAGCAGUAAAGCUUGAAUAGUGUGGCUCUCCGAUGCGCCCGUUUCGAACUGAAUAGAUGUUUUCUGAAUCAAUCCCAAGGCACACCCUGAGUACUUCUUCCAUAAGCCGCUUGCACAGAUAGAAAGCAGAGUGAAACAUGUUGUAUAGAGUUUUGCCCAGAGCUGCAAAAAUUGUUGCAAAGAUCUAAUGAGUAUGAAACGGUUUACGCUGCUCCAAAUUUUCUGAAUUUUGUGGGCUGCAGAAAAAAAAAGAGACUCAUUGGGCCGUGAUCAGAGGAAGUUCUGCUAAUCUAAACCCAAAUGUGUUCACG